AUGCGCACCCGAGCUGGCUUGGCAAAUGGGUUGGCAAACCUUGAUGUGCAAGAGUUUCCUUACGCAAAGGGGAAGAACCCAUUUUGCAGUGAUGUGCCGAAAGUCCAGAUGAUGGGAGCCGUGCGGGCUGCGGUUUACCUGAUUAUGAACAAGCCAAUGUUCCUUCAACGUUGGGGUUGA